AUGGUUCGACUAACCUUGGAUCUAAUUGCCAAAAAUAGCAAUCUUAAACCCCGAAAAGAAGAAACCACUUCACAAUACCUGAAGAAAAUAACUCAUAUAAAUUUUUCAGACAAAAAUAUAGAUGCAAUUGAAGACCUCUCUCCUUGCAAAAAUCUUAGUGUUUUAUAUUUGUAUGAUAACCGUAUUAGUCAAAUGACUAACUUCAAUUAUGCUACAAAUCUGACCCAUUUAUAUCUACAAAACAACUGUAUUUCAUGUAUAGAGAACCUCAGGUCAUUAAAGAAACUGGAAAAACUGUAUCUGGGAGGCAAUCACAUUGCUGUCAUAGAAGGUUUAGAAGGAUUAGAAGGACUAAGAGAGCUUCAUGUUGAGAGUCAGAGGCUUCCACUUGGAGAAAAGCUUCUGUUUGAUCCAAGAACUCUUCAUUCUCUGGCAAAAUCCCUCUCUAUAUUGAAUAUCAGCAAUAACAAUAUUGAUGACAUAAAAGACCUACAAAUACUGGAGAAUCUUAAUCAGCUCAUAGCAGUUGACAACCAACUUCUGCAUGUGAAGGAUUUGGAAUUUCUACUGAACAAGUUGAUGAAGCUGUGGAAAAUGGAUCUAAAUGGAAAUCCUGUUUGUCUCAAACCUAAAUACAGAGACAGACUGAUACUGGUGUCCAAAUCACUGGAAUUUCUCGAUGGAAGAGAAAUUAAAAAUAUGGAAAGACAAUUCCUAAUAAAUUGGAAAGCAUCCAAAGAUGCCAAGAAAAUCAGCAAAAAAAGGAACACUAAAACCGAGGAUGCAGAACCUUUUAACUCUUUGUAUACUACAAGUAAAUUUGAAACAAUGCAUCACAUAGUUCCUAUUUAUUACCCACAGGUGGGUAAGCCAAAAUUAGUCUUUUUCUCUGAUAUACAGAGAUACCUUCCAAAUGGAAAUGCAUCCACAGAAAGCUCCCAAGAAUAUAACCCUAAAAUUAUUGGAGAUAUGGAGUAUCUCUCUUUGAAGGAAUCUGAAAGCUUGCUGACAAAAGUGAUGUACCUGAACUUCACCUUCUCCGAACAAAAGCCCUGGGCCCAGGACCCGCGGGAGCCACAGGGUUGGGGGCGUCCUGGGCCCAGCGCUUCCCGGGCGGGCUCUGAACAAGCCAAGCGGCGCCGAGCCAGCAUUAGCUCUCAAAGAGCCUCAGAAAGAGCCCCUCACCGGACAGCUUGCAGGCCACGUUUCCCGUGGGCCCCCAAGUGCAAGACAUCUGACGCGAGUUCCCUGCAGGGGGGCGGAGCCAGGCCGAAUUUUAGGUCCAAAAAACGAAACAAAGCGGGGCCCCGCGCGUGCGAGGGAGGCGACCCGCAACGGUCCGCGCCCCCGGGGGAGAAGCGACCGCGAUCCCAGGGCCUUUUACUCCGGUUUGGGAACUUCCAAAUAUCCCCUAGGUGCACUAUCUCCGAGUGGCUAUAA